CUGUCGCAAUACGAUUAUGUUUUUUCGGAGAACGGAUUGGUAGGAUUCAAAGGGAAUGAGCAGUAUCCUAGUAAGGCAAGUGAUUACAUUGGUGAAGAGAAGCUACAAAAACUGAUUAACUUUACGUUGAGAUACUUCUCGGAGAUCACUUUACCCGUGAAGCGGGGGAAUUUUGUGGAGUUCAGAAAGGGUAUGCUUAAUUUGUCUCCUAUUGGUCGUAGCUGUUCUCAAGCUGAACGUGAUCAAUUUGUCAUCUACGAUAACGAGCACAAAAUCCGAGAGAAGUUUGUUGAAGCACUGCACAAAAAUUUCUCGGAUUACGGUCUUUGCUUUGUGAUAGGUGGUCAAAUAAGUGUAGAUGUGUUUCCUAAAGGCUGGGAUAAGACAUAUUGUCUACAGUACGUAGAGAACGACUAUGAUGUUAUUCAUUUCUUUGGCGACAAAACGAUGCCGGGAGGAAAUGAUCAUGCCAUAUUCGCGGAUCCCAGAACAAUAGGGCACAGUGUAGUUGAUCCAACGGACACAAAACUGCAGGUUGAGCAAGUUCUAAAAGAAUUGCAAAUAAGUUGAAU